AUGAAGGAAGACAUGGGUAACUUCGAAACACAGUUAGAAGUUGACCAUAUCGCUCAAUUGAUCGUUGAUUUAACAAAAAUGAUGACAAUAUAUCUUUUGGUCAUUGACAAUAAAAUAAAAGAAGCCUUUAGAGAUCUCUAUAAGAAAGUCAUUGACAUGAUCAUAAGAGGUAUCAAAGAACUGGAAGACAAUGCGAAUAAAACAGAGGAAGAACUUAAAUCAAUAGCGGAACAACGUCUGAUUAUUGUUGUUAAUAAAUUCGAUCGAUUGCAUGAGUUUGUUAAUGUAUACGCAGAGAAAGGAAAUAUUAAGAGAAAUAUUCGUCAAGUUUUGGUCACCGACAAUAUACCCAUCGUGUUUACUGCUGACACAUCAUAUGCUGAAAAUUUUAACCAGAAAAAGAUGGCAGAAUUAAAGUCUCCGGAGUAUUUGAACACCGUAGACAAAUUGAAAACAGAGAUUGAUACAAAAAUCAGUCAUUUACAGAAAGAUCUUUUUAAAUAG